CUCAUGUCUCUUCUUCUUCUGCCUCCCCCUCCGCCAUAUCUGUUUAUCUUCUUCUGCCUCCCCCUCCGUCCAUCCCACCGUCACCUCGCUGAGUUUGGAAAACAUAACGCUACCACUCGUGACUCACCAACACGGGCGCGUUCCACAACCUCCUCCUCUGGCUGGCGCUCUCCCAGCCGUUUGAGAGUAUGGCUCUUGAUCCUACAUGGCUGCUCAAUCGGUCCUGGAAAUAUACUUGGGUCGACGCGGCUAUAUGAGCCUAUAUCUAACCAUGCCAGAAAGGACGAGGCAUAUUGUCUCUGUGGCGACCAAUACGAUCUUGAUCAAUGUCAAAGUUGGGAUUACUGAUGGUUAUAUCAGUAAUGGGUCAAGACGUAUUGGUGACGAUUGGCCCUCCCUCUUGCAGGCUGGCCUUAGCGAUGGAGUAGGUACCACCGUGAUCAAUCCGGGCAAUUCAAGUCAAACCUACUCUUUCUCUCGAGGCCAUUGUGUUCUCGUUGAUAUCGAUCCCAGCACAACGAGUGACACCAUUGUUGGCGGGCCAGGAGGAAAGAAAGGCUUUUGUACGGAUGUCCGUUCAAUCUAUUCAGCUUUAUUGAACUUUCGGGCACAUUCUCGAACAUUUGUAAUAUCAAUGCUGCGGAUCGUAUUGAUGACGGGUUUACGAAUACAUGGCUACGUCCCAAGCCGUUUUGCCAUCUAUCUUCAGCUGUUGAAAUAAUACUUCCCGUCUUCACACAAAGUGACAAAUUCCC